CAUCAUAGGGUUUUUGUUUGCAAGACGCCGGGCAGCAUAAAAUAAACAAAAUUUCCAAACCUCAUCGAAAAUGAUCGACAUCGGACGCUGCUAUUACACUACGAUUCAUUCGCAAACACUUUCCACCGAUGGACGCUUUCUGUUUUGUGGUAGCAAUUUUGGGGAAAUAUUUGUGUUCAGUGUGGAAAGGAUAACAUCUAGCAAUGGGACGGAUACGUCGCCGAUGGAACUAGACAAGCUGCCCACUAUACCCGUGCAGACACUUUCCGUUACGGACCGGUGUCCGAUAUAUAGCUUAUCGUUUCACAAGGAUUUUUUGAUCGUGGGAUUAAAUGGCGAAAUUUGCGGUUACCACUGGUCCAGCAAAUCGGGUUCGAUUGGAAAGAAGGGAUGGACAGUGAAAUUGCCUGCACCGCCUGAAAGUGCGGAUAUGAGCGAAGUAAACUACAUGUGGUUGAACGCAAACGACGAUCUACUGUACGCCGGUUGUGGCGAUAAUGUAUUGUACGCCGUUUCGCUCGAGGAUGGAAAGGUAUGCCGCGAGUUUCACGGCCACACGGACUACAUUCACUGCGUUACUGGAUGUGCGAACAAGCUAGCCACUGCCUCCGAAGAUGGCUCAAUAUUGUUGUGGGACAGACGGCAAAAGACAUCUUACGCAAAAAUUGAACCUCACAAGAAACCAAUUUUGCAACGUCUCGAAUUCGGUCGCUGGCAGGGUACUGUUUCCAUGACAGAGGAUUGGCUUGUUUGUGGCGGAGGUCCCCGUUUUUCUCUUUGGCAUUUGCGAUCACUUGACUGUACGGCUGAUUUUGACUUCCCCGAGCGCGUACACGUGUCCGGGUUUGUCGAUGACCUUAUCUACGUCGGGGGAGAUUGUCGGAAGUUUUAUCAAUACAAUUUUAAUGGCGAUGUGACUGCCGAAAUCCCGACUUCAGGUUCAUCAGUCUACAGCGUUGCAUUGCAGACGGAACCGUAUCGAUUUCUAUCAAUAGCCGGCGCUUCAGCACAAGUCGAUGUAUGUACCAACUUUUCUUAUCGCGACAUCAUUUUAAACACGUAUGUAAAACCUUGAUAAGUAUGCUUCUAAUAUUCACGGUGGGAGAGAGUGUGUUUUCGAAUUGUAUCUGUUUAUUUUGAAAAGUAAAGCGAAUAAUGUACAAAACACGAUUGAUAGAGCGUGUUAUGGAACGCUAAAUAAACUAAUCGCAAAAUGUCACUCGA